UCAAAAUAUUCCAUAAGAAAUUAAGCUCCGUGCAUCACCCCUACCCACCAUAUACACAAACGCACGUACACACAACACCCAUAUAUAUACACACACACCACCACUAGCUCUCUCGCAUAGAGAACACGGUCCAGGGACAAUCGCACACGACUGCUCCUCUAUCAUUGCGGUGCGUGUGCGUGCGUACUGUGUACACAGAUAGACACACGCGUACACACAGCACACAUAUAUAUGCACCACCACUCGCGAUCUCGCAUAGAGAGAACCCGGUCCAGGCACAGUCGUGCACGACUGCUCAUCUCUCAUUGUCGUGCGUGUGUUCGUGCGUGUGUACACACACAGACACACAGGCACACAGAGAGACGACAGCGUAUACACACAGUGCUACAGCCAACACACCACACACCACACAGGAGACACGCAGGGAGACACGGCAGGGAGACACGUGUAUGCUAUUGCAACCGCAAUGGAAGCGUAGCGUUGAAAUUGAAUUGCGGGGAGGCAAAAAUAACGUUUUGAUAUUGAAUUUUAAAAAAAAUUCAUUGUUUUAUUUUAUUAUCUUAAAUAUUUUACGCGAAAUAGCCACUACCACCACCACCCCACCUCACCCCCGGGGGGGGGGGGGGGGUGUUCGUGACAUGCGUGGGAAGCAAAGCCGCGGGGAACAAUGGAAGAAGAAGCACCGCUAAGGAACAUCGCCAGCGGACACCACGGUGGAGGGGGUUGCCGGGGAGGUGGGGGCGCGGGGGAUACAAAGGCGGCCGUGGGGAGGUGGACUGCUGUGCGCGCAAUGUGACUGACACUGGGAAGGAAUUAUCCAUCGAUAUUUAAUCACUGAGAGUCGGAUCGUCUAGGACUGACUUCAACAUCACCACCACCGCCAUCAUCAUUGUCGUUAUCAUAGCCAUCGCCACCACCACCAUCAUCAUCAGAAGAAGACAUCUCCCCGAUAAUCUCAUCAACAUCAUGGAGAACCUCACUCUGUUGGGCGACCCGGGUUCCUAUCGGACCGCCAACGCCAGCAACGGCACCCACCCCGUGGACGCGGACGUCAACGGCACCGUGGGCGCGUCGCUGGCGGCAGGUGGUCCCUACCAGACCUUCGAGGUGAUCCUCAUCGCCAUGGUGGCGGGCUCGCUGAGCCUCGUCACCGUGGUGAGCAACAUCCUCGUCAUGGUCUCCAUAAAGGUGAACCGCCAGCUGCAGACGGUCAACAACUACUUCCUCUUCAGCCUGGCGUGCGCCGACUUCUUCAUCGGCGCCUUCUCCAUGAACCUGUACACCCUCUACAUCAUCGCGGGCCGCUGGCCCCUGGGCGCGCUCGUCUGCGACCUGUGGCUCGCCCUCGACUACGUGGCGAGCAACGCCUCCGUCAUGAACCUGCUCAUCAUCAGCUUCGACCGCUACUUCUGCGUCACCAAGCCGCUCGCCUACCCGACCCGCCGCACCACCCGCACGGCGGGAUGCAUGAUCGCCGGCGCCUGGGCCCUCUCCUUCGUGCUCUGGGCGCCUGCGAUCCUGUUCUGGCAGCACAUCGUGGGCGAGCGCACCGUGCCCGACGGCGAAUGCAACAUCCAGUUCCUAUCGAACCCCGCCGCCACCUUCGGCACGGCCAUCGCCGCCUUCUACCUGCCCGUGGCCAUCAUGAUCGCGCUGUACGCGCGCGUGUCCAGGGCGAGCAGGAGCCGGGUGGGACGUCGCGGGAAGAGUCGCAGGACGAGGCGCGGGAAAGCGGACGCCAUCGGCAAGAUGCUGAGCGGCGAGAUGGGGAGGAAGGCGUCCGGACACGGUGGUGGCGGUGGUGGUGCUCAGCCUGGCCGCUACGCCAUCCUCUCGCGGCUCAGGCUGACGCGACGAUUGGUGACGGAGCGCUGUGGUGGUGGUGGUGGUGGCUGCGGUGGUGGUGGUGGCGGCGGUGGUGGUGGUGGUAGUGGCUGCGUCAGGUCGAAGGUGUCGGACGCGACGGCUGUGGUUGUGAUGAAGAACGCCGACAACAACGGGCUGCUCGUGCUGGAGGCCGCCUGCAAGCGACACGCGGAGGAGGAGGAGGAGGAGAAGGAGGCGGCGGUGGUGGUGGUGAUGGUGGUGGAUGAGGAGGAGGCGGCUGCUGCCGUGGCUACCGACGAGGGGAGGUGCGACGGGGAGAAGGAGACAUCGGAGUCGAGUUCGCAGACGCCGAGUUCCAAGAAGGGUCCCGAGCUGUGCGAUGAGGAAGACGACGACGAGGAGGACGACGAUGAGGACUCGACGCCCGAGGAGGAGGACGAGGUGACGACGGGAGACGCUGCCGCGUCGCGUGCCGUGACCCGCUGCGCGGGCGGAAGCAACGCCACGUGCCUGACGGUCAUCGACACGACGCCGGUGUGCAGCAGCAGCAGCAACGACGCGGCCACCACCACGAGCACCGGCAGCACCACCGCAGCCACCACCGCGGCCACCACCACCACGUCCUCCUCCUCCUUCUCCUCCGCCUCCGUAGCCGCUGCCACCAAUGUCAACG